AUGCCGCAAGUGUUGCAGGUGACCUCUGCAUGGCUUGUGUGUUUUCCCAUUUGCCAUGAAGACUUCGCGCACCUGACAGCAUAUUGUACCGCUGUUGAGCUCAACACAAUGUUCUUUGCCAUCUAUAAGGCAUUCAAAUGGCCGGCUGCUCAUGUGGCACACAUGUCUACAUGGGUUCUUUUCAGACUCUGCUGGUAUCCAUACCUCGUGCAUCACUUUCACCACGCAAUUUCUUCGGGUGGCUUUGCGGUCGGCAGCUAUGAGUACUGUCAGUCCGUUGGAUCACAAGUGAUCCUGUGCGGUUUAAACUUCUACUGGACGACGGAGGUUGCUUUGGGCAUGAUGCGGGGGAAGCAGCCUGCGGACCGUCUUCACCAAGCAUGA